AUGCUGCAGCAGCAGUCACCUUCGAAUGGAAGUCUGGUUGCCAGGUCCCAUUUAUCCUAUAAACCUGCCACCAACCCGCCUCUCCGGCACGAUGGCGGUGGUGGUGCCUCCCCAGCCAACCUGUCUUUUGCGCAGCGCAAAGCCCAGCUGCCGCGUCCAUCCAGAUCCAACAUUGUCGAAGGAAAUCAUGUCAUGAGGAACAUUGACCGGCCGCCUCCGGGAGAUAUGGUUCACCACCGCAGGUCACAACGCCAACCAGGCCUGUCCAAGAAGAGAAGCCAAUACUACGAGAAUGAGUUUGCCGCUGGUCGAGAGAUGGACUCUACCAAGGAUCGAGUGCGAAAUGAGGCCAUUGUCCUGGCCGAGCUGCGCACAAACGUCAUUAUACAAGACGAAUUCACCUUCAUAACAGAUUUAUCGUACCACCUGUCCAAUAGAUACCAGAGAUCCAUGUCAUCCAUUGUAAUCAACUUGCAACACGGUUGCUGUUUGAUGUUUGGUGGCUCCUUUGACCCUGCAUACACUCUGUCGAUAUUCGCGUUGCCAGAUAUGGUGCAACCGACCAUGAACAAGAGAAAUGCGGCCCUCAUCCAAAAGCAAAUCCAGGAAAGCCUAGGGGUUGCACCUGCGAGGGGGCACGUUAGGUUCGUCGCUACGCCUGAAGAAGAUGUCGCCAAUGGUGGGAAAACGGUAGCUGGCGAGUUGGACGAUCUGGAUAAAGUGACAGCAGACGAAGUCGAGCAGGGUCGCGAGUCGUCGACCAAACCGCUAAAGAUCAAGAGGCUUAGUGUCCGCUCCUUCGCUUCGCUGAACUCGAAACCGAGCACAGCCGUGAAUCCAAACCCAGGUUUUGAUACACUGCCUACGCCCCCGGCCAGUACAGGCGACACUCCUAUGAUCACCACUGCCAUCCCCGAGCAUCCUCUCACUCCACCAGCAGACUCGCCUGGCAGACUGGCCGAGGAGAAGCCCGCCAAGACGGCAACCCGCCGGAAAAGCUUCGUAACAGCCUUGUUUGCAGGCAAGUCAUUGAGUAAAGAAAGACGUGCCAAGAGCGCCGCGGCGUUGGCCAACUGA